AUGGACUCCACACUGCGAUUUGAGGAGGUUGACCAGUUCUUGGCUGAUCCGGAUCCAACUGUACGGCUUAGGACCUUGAAUCUUCUGCAGGAGCAGUGGCCAAGCGAGCUGCUGGCUCAUCAUCAGGAGAAGGUGACCCCACUUGUGGCGGAUCCAAGACGGGAGGUGAGUUCAAAGGCGCUGAGCUUGUUGCAGGAGCUGAUGCCGAGCGAUCGGAUUCUACAGCACUUGCACACGUUCUUCCCGUGGCUGAAGAGCGCAGAUCCGUGGGUGAAGACUUCAACCCGGCGCCUAUUCGAGAAGAAGAUUUCCGGAGACGUCCUCUCGCAGCACUUUCAAAUGAUCGUGCCGGUGCUGCUGGCAGACCCGCAGCUGCAGUUGUGGUCCUUUGGCCUUCUGAGGGGAAAGGUCUCAUCAGAGCAGCUCACAGGGCAUCUGGAUCUGAUCAUGGACCACAUGGCUCAUCAUGAUUGGGGGGUGAAGAGGCGGACCCUCGAGUUCAUCCAAGAAGAGAUGCCCAGGGAAAUGGGCGCAGAUCAGUGCCAGCAGAUCGCGCCGCUCCUGGUGCAUGAUGACUGGGAGGUGAGAAGUUGGACCUUAACUCUGCUGAGUGAGCGGCUGCCGAGUGAGCUGCUGGCUCAGCUUGCGGAGAAGGUGAUAGCACUUGCUGGUGAUCCUAGAUGGGAGGUCCAGCAGCAAGCAGUGGAUCUCUUGGAGAAGAAAAUGCCCAUGGAACUGAUCAUCAAGCACUUUCAGAAUCUCCUCGCACGUUUGCAGCAGGCAGACCCACGAAUUAGGAAGUCCAGCUUGCGCGUCUUCGAGAAGAGGAUCUCGAACGCAAUUCUCGCUGAGCACUUUGAGAAGCUUGUGCCACUGCUUUUGUCUGAUCCAGAGCUGCAGUUGUGGGCGCUCAAGUUUCUGAAGGGGAGGGUUUCACCAAAGCACCUGCCAGAGCUCAUCGAUCUGAUCAUGCUGCACCUCGUCAGCCACAAGACGUGGAAGAAGCAAAAGGCAUUGGAGCUAAUGAAAGUGCACCUGCCAGAUGAACUGAGGGCGUGUCACAUCGACAGGAUUGAGAAGCUCCUGGUGGAUACAGACUGCAAGGUGAGGAUAUGGACGUUGGAGCUCCUAGACCAGCGCAUGCCAGGCAAGCUGCUCGUUCAGCAUUGGAAGACACUCUGGCCACUCUUAGAUGAUGAAAGCCACAAGGUGCAGAUGGCAGCAGCAAAGCUCUUCAUAGAGAAAGGGUCCGGUCUCCGAAGGGAGCAUGUUGCCGAGCACUGCGAGCAGUUCGCAGCACUUCUGGCCAAGACUGGCCAGAUUGAGAGCGUCGAAAGUGCUUUCCAAGACAUCCUGAGCCCCAGCCCCACGAAGGACAAGGUGGCGCGACUCCUUUCCAAACUGCCAGUCUCCUCCUUCGUCGCCCAACACAUGGAGCAGAUCGCCAGCUGGCAGGAUCAGAGUGGCAACACCUGGCUGCACCUGGCAGCUGCAAAAGGCCACCUUGAGGCCUGCAAGGCCCUGGUGGACACAGCGGGCCUCGCGUUACGCGCCCUGAACGAUGCUGGCGAGGAGCCCCUCUCAUUGGCGGCCACGCGUGAAGUGGAUCGUUUCCUGAGAAGCAGGAUGCACUUCCAGGAAACCCGCUUCGGCCACGGGAAUGCCUACCACGACAUGGUCAAGGACGAGAGGUGGGUGUCCGAGGUCGUGUGGUACACAGUGCCCCUCCCCGGCAUGGCUGGGCACUUGGGCGGCAUGCACUCCUUCCUCGUCAUCACCGUCUCCGAUGCGGACCUAACGGCAGCGAAAAGAUACGUGCUCGAGAAGGCCGGAUCCGCUGCCAGGGAGGCCCAUCAGAAGAACGGCGUCUUCGUCGGAACCCAAGGUCUAGAAACCAACUUGCGCAGUGUGCCAGGGGUUCAGGCCUACAAGAACCUCGCCAAAGGAAAUCUGCAGAAGGAGCUCAAGGUCAGGAAGCUGUACUUGGAAGCUCACUGCACAGGGCAAUAUGAUCUUGCAUCUUCGAAUUGCCACCACGCGGCCCAGAGGGUCUUCAACUUCUGCUGCAUCAGACAUGAAGACCGAGAAGUGGAGCCUCCAAACAGCUGGUUGGCGAAGUUAGGGGCCACAUUUCAGCUGACCGGCCUUUUCAACUCAAGCCGCUCAAGCUCAGAAGGCUCCGGUUCAAGAGUGGGGUCGGCUGAAUCUCAAGUGGCCUCUACGAGCCGCCCAGUGGAUACCCCCAGUGGCUUCACAGCAGCCGUUGAUCUGGGCUCCGAUGCCUUCUCUGAGAUCGCCGCUGCCCUAAGCCAUGCUGUGUAUGAAGAGGAAACUUCCGGCCUGUUGAAGCCACUGGAGGCAGAAAUUGCCGUCAUCCACAACAAGUUGGGAAAGGCGGUGGUCGUGUACGACCAGGCCACUGGGAGCAGACACAGAGUCGACCCAGACGAGAGGAAGAGCAUCAGCAUACCAAAAGAGAGGGCCACCGUAGAUGUUUAUGCAGUGGCGUCACUUCAUGCUACGUGGAAGCAAACCAGCCAAAGUCCGGUGCAGUGGCUCCUUGCGCGAUCAGGCACUGCGAUCUUUGCGAGCUUCCGGGGAACCGAUGAUGUGCAAGAUGCUGCGAUUGACCUCAGCGCUGUGCCAGACACUGUCAGGUUUAAGGAGCAUUGCAUAGGUGUGCAUGGUGGGAUGGCCCAUGCUCUGGAGCAGGACGGAGAUGAAGUUAGCAACGUGGUGAAUGAUGUUCUUGGUGCUUUGAAGCAGCACCAUCGAGUUGGAGAGCAGCUGGUCCUUUGCGGACAUUCGCUAGGUGGAGGCUACGCGCAAAUCAUGGCCCUCCACUUGUUGAGUCGGAAGCUGAGUGUCUCGGCUGUACGCACCUUCGGCGCGCCACAUGUCCUGGUCCCGCCGAAGAACCGAUCAUCCCAGAUGUGGCAGAAGUUACAUGCCAUCACUCAACACUGGGUGCAUGACUGGGACCCU